AUGACGGCAGCUUAUGGUUAUCCAGGCAUGAAGGAGCUAUAUAUCGGCAUCCACUACUGGGACCUUCCCCUACCAAUGAACCCAACAACUGGCAUGAUAUGGAUCUACAUUGUCGGCGCUGUCUACAACCCUAUUCUUUCCCUGGUCAAGCAGUCUGUUCUCAUAUUCCUGCUCCGAUUUUCUGGUGUUAAGGAUGUUGUGCGAUACAUCGUCUGGGGAACAGCUACCUUCAACCUCGCGCUGAUGGUUGCGACCUUUAUCGUCGUCAUCUUUCAAUGCACGCCCAUCGAAAAGAACUGGAAACCGGCCAUAGCAGGAGAAUGCAUCAACCAAUUCUCUUUUGGGAUCUCCACGGCAUGCUUGACUAUUCUAACAGACCUUAUCGCUGUUGGGCUCCCAUUCUAUAUCUUCUUGGGCCUGAAGAUGCAAAAGAAGAGGAAGAUUGGGUUGAUGAUUGUCUUCAUGCUCGGCAUCGUAGUCACUGCAGUAAGUGUAGUUCGUCUGGUUUUCCUUGCCAAAAAUUUUACCGACAAGAGUCUCGAUGCAAACUUCUCUCUUGGCUUCUGCGUUUCCUCAAUUGAGUGUAACCUGGCCAUAAUUACAGCAUCCGCACCUGCGCUAUGGCCUCUUAUCCGUCGAUGGAUGCCUCAGCUCAAGUCUUCCAAGGAUCAAGGCUACUACAGUCACAAAUACCACACUGGUCGGCAAGGAUGGGUAAGGACAGGCGAUAGCCAUCAAGACGUGCCCGCAACUGUCAACGGCACCAUUGGCCUGAGGGAACUCAGCAACCGGCAUGCUAAGACCGGAGUCCACUCCCACGCCUCUUUUGCUCGAGAUUCGGAUGAAGAGUUGAUGAAUGGUACCGGGAUCAUGCGAACAACAAACUUCGCAGUGUCGCGGGAGGGCUAUGAUUAG